AUGUUAUUUAAUGUGGAAACAUACAAGUUAAUAAGAUUUCUAUCUUCAUUAUUUAGUAGAUUAGCUGACCCGGAGGGAACGCCGCUCGGUGCUUCCGUGUAUCUUCCCCAAAGCGUUGGCCCUAAGGAGCUUCAACAGAUGGUUAACAAGUUGCUCAACAAUGAGGAAAAGUUGUCAUACACCUUUUGUAUAUCCGAUCAAGAGCUUCUUACACAACUAGGAGAUUAUUUGCAGAAGAAGAAAGUUUCUAUGGAGAAGGUAAUCACAGUAGUGUAUCAACCACAAGCAGUCGUCCACAUUCGUCUAGUUAACCGUUUCUCUUCUACAAUUGUGGGGCCACGAGAAAUGGAUAACUGGUAUAUCCUAGAACCAGUAUACCUCAGAUCGCCAUCUCAUCGCUUUGUCACCUCCACCAAAAAUGGUGAUGCAAGAAUUUGGGAUGCUACAUUGAGGAAAAUUGUUAUUAUUCUAAGUGGUCAUACUCUUGUAGUCACUUGUGUAAAGUCCGGUGGAGAUGGAGUCAUAUACACAGGAUAUCUCAAGAUUAUACAAUCAAAGUAUGGGAAACCACUCAAGGAAAACUGA